CUCACUUCCCAUCGGAACUUCCAUCCUGUGCCACGAAGCAACAUCCAUUUUCACUCCCCUUCCUCGUUUCGCUGCCACGGCAAGAAUUCCCAUCUUCGCAAGCUUAUUAUCAGCCCAAUCACAUCCAGCCCUAUAUAUUUGCCCAUCAUUCGCAAGAAAUAAAAAAAAUCUGUCGGUCGUCCUCAGAUCAAAUGAUCGCGUCUCCUAGAUGACCUUCCCUCCCCCUCCCCCUUCCUCCCAAUCGUCGAUUGCUUCUGGCACCGAUAAGUCUUCUUCUUCGACCAGGCCGGGAAGGUCACAGCAAUCUGCCUGGGGUUCGUCCGCGUCCCAGUCCAACGUUCGCCGGGGACUGACUCCGCUUGCGACCAACAACCUCGCUUCGACCUCGAUAUCAUCUGCCUCUUCCCGCGGGCCACCCCAGUCCAGUAGUCCUGGUCCAGGUGGUUCAACGUCGUCCCCUCUCACUUCCUCCUUCUCUGCGGUGUUGAGUUCCGCACGAGGCCACCAAGUCGGCCGCAACGUUCCCUCGCCUGCCUCCACACCGUCGCCUUUCACCUCCCUACAAUCUGGAUCGCAACAACACCAGCAACCCGGGCAGUCACUCUCCUCUCCUAAAUUCCGAUCGCACACCCCAUCGUCAGGGUCACAUCUGGCUUCCGCAGCGGGUUCUAUCGCGGGUGGAGGAGGCUCCGGGGGAGGCGGAGGCGGGACGGGAUCUUCCAGAGGCGCCACCUUCUCUCCGUUGUUAUCGGGAACAACCGUGAAUUCACCUACGGGCUUUUCCGAUAAACCGGGCUCGGCUGCCUCAGGAGCAGCGGCUCACGCAAGCCAGUCGUCGUUGACGAAGAUAUCCAUCGCCCAGGUUUUCCUUCUUCUGGAUUCCAUCACAGAGAAAGAAGGUCGAGAGAAGUGGGAGACGAAAGCUGCUCAGAUUCACAAACUCGUCGAAUCCAACGGCAUGGAGGUCUUCUCAAAAUACUUCCGGCGCCUUCUCACAGGCAAUGCCCCGCAAAUAUUCCCAGGCGUGAAUAAGUCCGUGGAAAAUGCAGGGAACUACCCCCUUCUUGUCCAGGAGAUGCAGAAAGUGUCGCAAGAUAAAGAACAGGCCUACAAAAUUGCGGAGACGGUUGAUGCCUCGGAGGGCGACAUCUUCCGCGACUUCGACCUAUCAACUUUCUUGGAUCACUUCAAACUCGACUCUGUUGUGAAGGUAUCACUUGCUUUGGCCUUUAAGACUGCCAACAAGUCGGAUCUUCGUGCUAAGGCCGAUGCGAUCCUCUCGAACAAUGUCAUUCCCUUCCUGCAGAGCCUUGCGUCGCCCUCGGAUAUUACGAAGGAAUACAAAGACUCCUUCAUCGGCAUGACGAUCGAGCGCUUCAUUCUAUACCCCCCGCGCAAUUUCACCGACGACGUGAAGGCGAAACUCGUGUAUGCAGCGAACCUGCGAUACCAAAAGCUGAAUCUCGAUGUGCCCUUCGAGGUCGCAUCGGCUUUGCAAAUGUUCAAUUUCACCAAUCCACGAUAUACGUUAGUGCGCCAGCUGCAUGCGAAAGGACCAAAGGCAACCUCCAACCCCGACGCGGUGACCGAAGUGAUCAACUUAGCUGGCCCCGAGUGCUGGAAUGAAGAACAUGUUGCCAGUGCUCUGCUUUUCCUUGUCCUCUCUCAGUAUUGGAAGGACUUUUCUCUGGAGGUAUUCCUUGCUGCUGUCAAGGCGCAUUACGGUGACAAGCAAAUCAGCUGGCCCCUCAUCUUCAGAAACUUCGAUCGUGAAGGCCUGAGGCUCGAUGCUCGGCAAUUUACCAAGCUAUAUUCGGUCAUUUUGGCAGCUGCAUCGGAUGAUUCUACCUUAGACAUUCAGAAGCUCUGGGGUGGUGAUUGGGAACACCGUGAUACCCAGCUGUCAUUCCUCACGGCUCUCAUUAUCUCACGAACGGAUGUGUCGCAGAUUCCUAGUCUCCGGGCCACUUUCCCCCAUGACUUUUUCGCGGACGGUCCCGAGCUCGUACGCCUGCAAGGAGAGCGCGCCGCAAAGUCGCCUUUGCGGUCUUUAGACGCCAUGAGGGCCAUAUUUGAUCUGGCGCUGUUUUCCCAGGCCUCGUGGGCUGCUGCCGAAAGCCAAUUGCUCAUCAAGGCGGUCGUACAGUAUGAUCUCCCGGUUUUCCUGUGCUCGGCACUGGCCCUCCCUCAGCCUUGGACAAGCGUUCAGCAAAGCUUUGUGCUGCGAACGCUGAUUGUUUUCAUCCUCAAACAAGAGGAGGGCUAUCAACUCGCUCUCCAUGGGGCGUGGCAUCAAGAUAAGCAAUGGGUAUCUGAGCAACUUUUCACCACCUUCACACAGGAUCCGACAUCAACCGCCGCUAUUUACGAACAAGCAGUUGAGUACAACUGGCUGGAUUAUCUGCUGAGAUACACCAACGGUCUUGCUAUGGAUCUCGCCUGUUAUGCUCACCGUAAGGGGCCAUUUGAUUUGGAGCAAUGGGUCCGCAAUGCUGCGCAGAAGGGACCUAUGGACAUGGGCAGUCUACUGUCAAAAUUCCUGAGGAUCAAAGCAGAAGACGAGCUUCAUGUCCAGAGAAAAGAACAGGCAGCUCCACAGAUGGUCAGUCUGUCGGUGAAGACAGUAUAUACUUUAUUAUCGGUCCUUGAAGAAUACGUUGGGGAUCGUGAAAACCUGACUCCCGUGCAACGAAUUUGCAUCCAAACCUACCCGCGUUUGAUCAACUAUGGAGAAGGGUACGAUGAUAUCAUCGAUUCAAAUGGCGAGAAUGGCAAUUCUCUGCCCGAAGCUAUUGACAAGCAAAUGCAAGAACUCUUUGGCAAGAUGUAUCAUGAAGAAUUGUCGUUGAGGGAAAUUCUCGAGUUGAUGAGACGUUACAAGUCCUCGCGGGAACCUGGUGAACAAGAUCUGUUCGCAUGCAUGGUUCAUGGGCUUAUUGAUGAGUACCAUUGCUACCACGAAUACCCAUUGGAGGCUUUGACCAAGACAGCCGUCAUGUUUGGUGGUAUCAUCAAUUUCCGUCUUGUUGAUGGUAUCACGCUGAAAGUGGGUCUCGGGAUGAUCCUGGAAGCUGUCCGAGAGCAUGAGGUACACGACCCCAUGUACAAGUUCGGCGUUGAAGCUAUCGAGCAAUUGAUCAGCCGCCUGUCCGAAUGGGCCGGCUUCUGCCACCUCUUGCUUCAGAUUCCGAGUCUGCAGGGCACGCCGAUCUUCCAGAAGGCCGAAGAAGUGUUGCAGGAGCAAGGAAGCCAAGUGAGAGAUUCCGAAGCCGGGCGACUAGACAAUGCCUCUGCCUCGUCAUUGGUCAAUGGGAACAUCGAUGAGGCAGCAGGUCCAGAAGGUCCCGGGCGCAAAUUUGUUUCUGUGCACGUUGAUGCGCCUCUACGACCGGAGGUCUAUCAAAAUCCAGACGAGGAUAUCCAGGACAAGAUUUUGUUUGUACUCAACAACGUAUCGGAGCAGAACAUGGAGGAGAAGCUGCGAGAUCUCACGGAUGUUCUUCGUGACCAGCACCACCAAUGGUUUGCUUCCUACCUAGUGGAAGAACGUGCAAAAUUGCAACCAAACUUCCAACAGCUAUACCUGGACCUCCUCGACCGCAUCAACGAUAGGAUACUCUGGGCGGAGGUUCUUCGCGAAACCUACGCUAGCGUUUCCAAGUUGCUCAAUUCGGAGGCGACGCUGAACUCCUCGACCGAGCGUGGCCACCUCAAAAAUCUCGGAUCUUGGCUUGGAUCCUUAACCAUUGCCAAGGACAAACCUGUCAAGCAUAAGAAUGUCUACUUCAAAGGACUCCUGCUGGAAGGAUUUGACAGCCAACGUCUGACUAUUGUCAUUCCGUUUACCUGUAAGGUGCUGGUACAGGCUACGAAAUCUACCGUGUUCAAUCCUCCAAACCCGUGGUUGAUGGAUGUUUUGGCACUAUUGAUGGAACUCUACCACUUUGCGGAAUUGAAACUGAACCUUAAAUUUGAGAUUGAGGUUUUGUGCAAAGACCUUGACCUUGACCACAAGGUGAUCGAGCCAUCAGUGAUCAUUCGGGACCGCUCGGCGCAUAUUGAAGACGCCCUGUCGACUGCAAAUAUUCCGGAAGGCCUUGAAACCUUUGAAGACAUGCCUCUGACCGGCAUCAACCAAGGCAUCCGGCAUGAGAGGCUGUCGCCCGCUGCUAUUUUGUCAACGCUCCCGAGCCUCGAUAAGAUUCUUGUUUUGCCGUCAUCGGCAAGCAGCAUGGUAGAUGCGAACAUUCUCCGGCAAAUCGUUCACAACGCUGUGGAGCGUGCCAUCGCCGAGAUCAUUACACCUGUGGUGGAGCGGUCAGUGACCAUCGCUUCGAUCUCCACCGUUCAACUCGUUUCGAAGGACUUUGCCAUGGAGCCUGACGAGGAGAAAGUUCGGCAUGCAGCUGGCAUCAUGGUUCGGCAGCUUGCUGGCAGCUUGGCUCUUGUGACCUGCAAAGAGCCUCUCAAAGUAAGCAUGACCAACUACAUCCGAAUGAUUCAGCAAGAGUAUUCGGAUCAGCCCAUGCCUGAAGGGUUGAUCUUGAUGUGUGUAAAUGACAACCUUGAUGCUGCCUGCGGUAUCGUCGAGAAAGCAGCAGAAGAGAAAUCAUUCCCCGAGAUCGAGAAGGUGAUUGAGUCGCAACUAGAAGCUCGUCGACGCCACCGCGCAGCUCGUCCAAAUGAGCCGUUCAUCGACCCAUCCAUGAAUCGUUGGGCCCUGUUCAUUCCCGAGCCCUAUCGUCAGGCACCUGGCGGCCUUAACAAGGAACAGCUGGCUAUAUAUGAGGAUUUCGCACGCCAGUCCCGUGGGACAGGGACGGCGCAUGCGCAAAAUGUGUCCACUGAUUCUAGCCGUCAACUUCAGGAUGUUCUUCCAGAACCUUACCCCCCACCGAUCCCCAAUCUUUCGACCCCAGCGGAGCAACCUGCUGUACCGCACCGCACACCCCAGGCACAACAAGAUGCUCGACUACAGCAGUCCGGCAUUGUCGGCGCUCAGUCCCAGCUCAACGGGUUCCUUGAUUCACAGAAUCCACGCGAAAAGGUUGAAAAUAUCGUGGCAGAACUGCAACAGGCAGCGCGGGUUGCAACCGAGGAGCGCAUUCGGGAUCUCGGCAGAGACAGUGCCGUCCUGCAAGAGUACAACCAGGCAUUGCGUUCCAUUGUUGCCUCUCCAAACGGCGAGGAGUUGGCGAGAUUGACGUCUCUUAAGAUUUGCACGGCCCUGUAUGCGCAAAGUCAGGCGACGCUAGAAGUUGAAGUCCUCGUGCAUCUUCUUGCUAAAUUAUGCGAUAUGUCUACACUGGUUGCCCGUUAUACAUGGACUGUGCUGUCUGAAGUGGAGGAUGAUCACAUGUUCAACGUUCCGGUCUCCGUUGCUCUCAUCGAUGCUGGUCUGUUGGACAUUCGACGAGUCGAUAUGAUUCUUACUAGACUCAUCCUUCAACGAUCCGCAGGCUCUCUUGAGCUUCUUGCUAGUCUCAUGGACCGGGUACUCUUUAGCGAAGAGCCAUCUGCCCUGAGAUCUGAUUUCUCAGGCAGUCUUGAAGCGAUGAGUCAAUGGCUUGCGGAGGACUCCAGCCUUUCCACCGCCAAUGAAAUCAUUCGCAAGUUGCGUGAAUCCGGCAUUCCCGAAGUUGCCAACCCUUUCCUCACUGACAAGGCAAUGGCUAAGCGUGACCAAAUGGAAUACAUCUUCACCGAAUGGAUUGGGAUCUACAAAGCGCCGGGUGCUGUCGACCGCACGUACUACUCGUUCCUCAAGGAUAUCCACCAGAGACAGGUCAUGGACAACCAAGAGGACUCAGCCCUGUUCUUCCGUCUCAGCAUCGACAUUUCCGUCGCCAUGUUCGAGCAUGAAUCCCAGAACCCCAAUGGCAGUCUCGACGAGGCCUUCCUUUACAUUGAUGCUCUAGCCAAAUUGGUCAUCUUGCUCGUCAAGUUCCAGAGCGACAACGAAGGUUCUCCCCGGACUAACAAAGCCGUAUACUUCAACUCGAUCCUGUCAUUGCUUGUGCUCGUCCUGAACCAUCACCAUGUCAUGCGGGGAGAGGCUUUCAACCAACGUGUGUUCUUCAGACUCUUCUCUAGCAUCUUAUGCGAAUACUCCAUAAACGGUCUUCAACAGAGUGACCAGCACCAGGAGAUGAUGUUUGCUUUGGCCAACAAAUUCCUGUCUCUCGAGCCUAAAUACUGCCCGGCGUUUGUCUAUGGGUGGCUUUCCUUGGUUUCUCACCGAUUCUUCAUGUCCGGUAUGCUGAAUAUGCCGGACCGAGCGGGCUGGGGCCCGUACUGUGAGAUUAUGCAAGCUCUUCUGUCCUACAUCGGCGAGCAACUCAAGCCGGCCAGCAUUUCAUAUGUCGCCAAGGAUCUGUACAAGGGGGUGCUCCGUGUCUUGCUCAUCUUGCAUCACGACUUUCCCGAGUUUGUUGCGGAGAAUCAUUUCGAGUUCUGCAACGUCAUUCCCGCCCACUGUGCUCAACUCCGGAACCUUGUUCUGAGCGCGUACCCAUCUUCUUUCCACAAACUGCCGGACCCUUUUAGAGAGGGCCUGAAAGUUGAGCGUUUGGAGGAGAUGCGAGAAGCGCCCCGGAUCGCUGGUGACACCGCUGCCCCUCUCCAGCAGGCUAACAUCAAAACUGUUGUAGACAGCGCUUUGCAGAGCGCCAGCACCUCGGAAUCCGUUCUUCAACAGAUCUGUGACGCGAUUUAUGACCCUACCAGCAAAGAGACCGGUCUUUUCUAUGCUCCAGUCAACGUCAAUGUCGUACUCGUGAACGCACUGGUGCUCUAUAUCGGUCAAAGCGCGGUUUCUGCCAACGCGGCGAAGGGAAACACUCGCGCGGCAUUCGAUAACUCAGCUCACUCCGCACUUCUGGAGAAGCUGGCGAAGAUUCUCCGGCCAGAAGCGCGCUAUUACCUCCUCAGCGCGAUGGCAAACCAGCUUCGAUAUCCCAACAGCCACACCUACUUCUUCAGCUUUGCUAUUCUUCGUCUCUUUGGCGCGGACAACUCGGAACAGGAUGAAUCCGACAUCCGCCAGCAAAUUAUCCGAGUUCUUCUCGAGCGGUUGAUCGUCCAUCGCCCCCAUCCUUGGGGACUGAUCAUCACGCUUCAGGAGCUGCUUCAGAACCGAAGCUACACCUUCUUCCGCCUCCCCUUUAUCCAGGCUGCGCCUGAGAUUGGUCGUCUGUUCGAUGCCCUCCUGCAGCACAUUCAGCAGCAGAGCCCCCGGCCGCUAUCCUAAGCCCCGAAGGCGCCUAUUACUUUCGCCAUCUCUUGUUCUUUCUUUCUUAUUAAUAUGAUUUACUUGAUCAUGCCUCGAUGUUUUGCAUUUGGCGGAGAUGAAAUGCUCUUACGGUGUUUUCAGAUGCCACUCAUGACAAGCAGCGCCUCAUCCAUGGUGCUAUGUUACGGUGUAUGUUAGGGAUGUUUCUUCUUUUUUUUCUUCUUUUCAUCAUUCAGAGUGCUGGGUUCUGCUUCAUUUUCUAUUUAUUGCCAUUUCUCGGUUGGGUUUCUGGGAGGGAUAUGCAUACUAGGACGUGUCAGCAUGGUUUUAGCCUACAUGGAACCUAUAUCUUUUUCUCUUUGCUAUUCGUGUUUUUCCUUGUUGCAUGUUUCUUUCCUUUCUUCUCCUAUUGCCGCGACCGUGGUAAUUCAUGUAACGAUAAGCUAUAAAAACGGGGGUAUAAUGAGUGCUACUUGCAGUGUAAUGACAUUAGAGAUCAUUCUUGAUA